AUGGCGGACGACCAACACAACCUGGAGCGAACGUAUUCGCGGGAAAGCCGCCUGCAGCGCGACGGGUUGGAGCAGGAAGCUACGCCUGUUGCUCUCGUCCGAAGCGUGACGCAACGGCCGUCUCGCGCGCGGAUACCGACUAUUUAUGAUCUUGACAAAGACAUUGAGGCGGCGUCAGACGGAGAGAAGGAGAAAGGCGAUGAGAUUGGGGCGAAGGAGAGUGCGACGCCGGAGUCUUGUUCAGAUGACGAUCACCCAGGACAGCUUGAGAGACGGCCUCUUCGAUUUGAACAUGGGGAUCCAGAAAAUCCGAAUAAUUGGAGAAUGUGGAAGAAACUGUAUGCAUUGUUUGUAGCUAUAAUGAGUGUCAUGAACAGCACAAUGGGCUCAUCUCUCGCCGCCGGCGCAACAGCCCCGAUAUCGAAACACUUUGGGGUCACCAGCGAAGCACAACUGAUACUGCCGACCUCCAUGUACCUGGUAGGCUAUGUCGGGGGCCCCAUGAUCUGGGGCCCGCUGAGCGAGUCGUACGGCAGGAAAUGGGUCAUGAUCGGGUCAUUUGCGUACUUUACCGUCUUCGCCAUCGCCUCCGCCGUCGCCCCCAACUUUGCUGCGCUCGUAGUAUUUAGACUUAUGGUCGGGCUCGGCGGGAGCUGUGCGAUUUCCGUGGUUGGUGGUGUCUGCGCGGAUAUUUACCAUGAUCCUGUGUCCAGAGGGAGAAGCAUGGCGAUUUUCAUGGCAGCGACAACGUUUGGCCCGAUCCUAGGGCCGCCCAUCAGCGGGUUCAUCUCGGUGGUGAGCUGGAGCUGGGCAUUCUGGAUCGGGGCCAUUUUCGCGGGCGCAUCGUGGCCACUGUUCUUCUUUUUCCCGGAGACGUACGGGCCCGUGAUACUAAAGUACCGCGCGCAACGAAUACGGAAAGAGACGGGGGACAUGUCCGUCAUCGCGCCCAUCGAGCUCGAAAAGACGGAUCUGCGCCACAUCAUCACGACCGUCCUUACGCGUCCGCUGCGCAUGAUCUGCUUCGAGCCGCUUGUGUUGUUCACGUGCUUGUAUCUCAGCUUUGCGUACGCAAUAUUCUACAUCUAUUUCCAAUCCUUCCCCCUCAUCUUCAUCGACAUCUACCACUUCAAUGCCGGCCUCGAAGGCCUCACCUUCCUCCCCAUUGGCGUCGGCGCCAUCGUCUCCGCGGGCCUAUACCUGACCUGGGACCUGAUCCUCCGGCGUGCACAGGAAGCCAACAAGCCAUGGUCGCGCAACGAGGAAAUGCGCAGGCUACCGCUAGCUUGCAUCGCCGGCCCGUUCUUCGUCAUCAGCAGCUUCUGGCUCGGCUGGACCGCGCGCCCGGACAUCCACUGGGCGGUCCCGUGCUUUGCGAGCAUGCUGUUUGGCAUGGGGUAUUUGUGUUUAUUCAUGGCGCUGCUGAACUACCUCGUCGACGCGUACGAGGUCUUCGCUGCGUCGGCGAUGGCCGCCGCUUCUUUAUCCCGGAGCAGCUUCGGGGCCGUGCUGCCGUUUGCAGCGAAGCCGAUGUAUCGCGCCAUGGGGGUGGCGUGGGCGACGAGCUUGCUGGGGUUUGUGAGCGUAGGGCUGUGUGUGGUGCCGUUUGUGUUUUUGAAGUGGGGCGGGAAAAUGAGGGCAAAGUCAAAAUUCUGCCAAUACUUGUUGUUGAAGAAGAGGGAGGAGGCGGAGGCGGUGGAGAGGGAGAGAGACGAGAAGGCUAGUCGGGAGGCGUUGGCGGGGGAAAACAACCAGGGCAGACCGCGAGAGAAGGAGGAAGUGUAAUAUCCACGGCGUGUAGUGCGUAUUAAUGGAUGGGACUGUGGAAUGCAUUUCUGGUAUUGGCGGACCAUGUCUGUGCAUUCUUCUACGAGGCGCAUGGGAAACAUACUCCCUGAUUUACCGGAUCAAAUCAAAUGGCCAGAUCUCUUGAAGUUCCUCCUCAAACUGGCCGGCUCGUCCUCAUCAGGAUGUUUAUUCUUCGCUAUCUCCUCCCACAACGCCCGGAACUUCCUUGUGGUGCGCCCACUUCGUGGCUUAUCGAAGCUCGGCCGGAACCCAGCUGUCACAUGCGGUAUUUAGCUGACCAGCUGUGCACUAUGCCAACUACUGGGCCGCUUUGAACAG